CCCGGAUAUAAAAGCCGAGCUCCUGAACUCUACCGGUCUUUCUUGUCCUCGCUGCCGAGCGGGGGAUCCGGCCAGAGCUAGUCACUCGGCGGUACCCGGGGCCCGUGUAGCAGGACAGCCCUCUAACACUGAAAUAAAGCCACCCGGCCAUUAGUGAGCCACACACCGGCCCCGAGUAACCGGCCGUCUGCAGCCAGACUGCCCCCAGCCACCGCCACGGCAUUGUCACAGCCCGGUGUUAUCUCCUGUGGAGACACAGCUAGCCCACCUCCCCCCCCCAGCUAGCCAGCUCUCCUCUCUCUCCAGCCAGUCCCCGGUACCGGCGCUGGGGGGAUGCACACCGCGGCCAGCAGUUACCCCAUGGCCUCCCUGUAUGUGGGUGACCUGCACCCCGAUGUGACGGAGGCCAUGCUGUAUGAGAAGUUCAGCCCCGCGGGCCCCGUGCUGUCUAUCCGGGUGUGCAGAGACAUGAUCACCCGCCGCUCCCUGGGAUAUGCCUAUGUGAACUUCCAGCAGCCGGCAGAUGGUGAGUCCUCGGUCUCUCUCCAGGCAGCCUGUGGAUGGCAUGGGCAGGACGUGUAUAGACAACGAGUCACGUUUUAAGGUCCAACAAAAUGUAAAAUUAACCCAUUCUAAUAAAUGUGUCUGCCACUACCUGCAUGUUUGGCUUAUUAAAAUGCCAUCUGGAGGAACUGGGCAAAAUACUGAAUAUGGAGCUAUGGACAGAAACAUUACCUAUGCAUGAUGAUUGGGCCCCAUAUGACUCAAUGGAGAGGUAGAAAGUGGAAUGCCAUGUGAAGUAUCAGAAUUUAAUUCCUAACGGAUUUAUAGAACUCUCACAAACAUUUAGUGUUUCUAUGAUAGUUACUUGAGUUGCAUUUUAGGCUUGCAUUCUAAACAUGUGCACACGCAACCCUUCUGCACCGCUAUAAAUAAACACAUCCAAAGGCCAGCUGCUGUCCAGUGGAGUGCAUUUAUUGGUUACAUGUCUGCUUUCACAGCCUGACCCCUCUUCUGCAUGGUUUCAUUUACACUGGAAGCAGAACGCAACACUAUUUACUGUUUAUCACACACUAACACCCUUAUCCAAGGUGUAGGCGCCUAGCAAAUGUAUCCAGAAUAUAUUGAACUGGAGUGAUUUAUUUAUACAUUUUGUGAGGAUAGAUACAAAACGUCUUUCUUUUAGGCAUAUUAUGCUGUAUGUUGUGUGGAGCUGCAUAUAGAAGUAUUUGCAAGACGUUUGAAAUAAGGCUAAUCUCUAAUAAUUAUAAUAAUGCAAGUGUGCAAAUGUUAGUGUGCAAGUGUCAUGCUUUUGGGCUAUUUUACUAGGAUAAAACAUGGGUCGCCUGGUAGAUUUCAGGCUGUUGUACAACUUAUGGAUAUUAUUAUGGAUCAACUAUAUUUUUGAGCAUUAAAUAUUGAAUUGGACUCUUUUUAAAGUGGCACAGAUUUUCACAAAGAUGGAUGAUGUGUGUCAGGACCUAAUUAGAAUCCCAAUACAACCGCAAAACAUAAAACAAAGUGAGGACUACUGUUUAUGUGCAAAUUGUUUUUUGGCAAAGGUCAGAGCAUAGAGUAGCGUCCACUGCCCACAUAUUUUCAUCAUUUCCCAACUGCUCUGUAAAGUUUCUUUAGGGAAAUUAAAUCUUCUUGUGCACUUGGCAGUUCUGGGGUCUCUUGAGCGGAAUCUGGAGGAUCCAGUGACCUUUCAGGAUUCUUCCAUGCAGCCCCUAUUUUCUACUUGCAUAUGCAUGAGUGCAUAUAAACUAUAUGCAAGAGCGAGAACAAAAACAAGGACUACUAAUAAAAGAAAGGUGUAACUAAAUUAAGUUCCAACAAUAAGUUUAAUGAAAGAAAGCAACCCAUUAAUAGUAAGCAAAAUUAAUUGAGAUAAAACUUAACAUUUAUUGACUCAUUUAAAAUAGUAAUGAAAAAAGUAAUAUAUAUAAUAAUGAAUCUGUGUGAUGUAUAGUCUGUUGCCACAUAAAAAUAACUGCCGAACAUAUGUCAAGUUUCGAAGAAAAAAGGCAGAGAGAAACAAAAGUAUCUGAUGUUAGAUGCAAGUUAGCAAAGAGGGUACGGAAAGGAAUAGAUACCUAUUGUGCCUUCGAGGGCACCCCUACGGCUGCUAAUAUAGCUAAAUAAACUGUUAACAUGCCUUCGAAGGCACCCCUAUAAGUAUAAGAUUCUCCCUGAUUACAUUAAACUCAAGAUAGAAAAGCAAAAUGAAAAUGGGAAAAUAAACAAACGAUAAAAUCGAAGUAUGAGUUGGCUGUUGAAUAUAAUCAAAAGUAAAGCUGCAGCAUCUUCCCCAAAUCCUGAGCCACUCUCCCACACAACUGCCCAACGCGCUUUUCGCCACUAACUGGCUCUUCCAGGGGAGCUGUGUCCAUAAAAACUGAGGUUUAAAUUUGGCACCUCCUUCCCUGAUUGGAUGUCUCCUUGGUCAUUCUGUAGUUCUCAUAGGACAAAAUCUGCCUAGGGGAGAUGACAGCCAGGAGUGUAAUAUGCAAGGGAUUAACACUUUCACUGAUGUAUUAACCCAUAUGUGUUAAUAUCUUAAUUAGGCAAAGAAUUUGUUUAAUGUAUAUGUCCAAUAUGGAUCACUCAAUGUUUAUUGAAAGAGUGUCCUACGGUAAUGUAGAUAUAGAUACCUCUUGGGGCUGCAAAAUUAGUAAUCCCGUUCAAGUAAACUAAACUGCUAAGUCAUUUAGUUAAACAGUUGAAGUGGCUGUUAUAUGAUGAUUCAUACAUGAGACAGCCAUUAUGGUAUUGGGAACCAUGAAUUAGUAAUAUAAUGCGGUCAUAAUAUAGUAAUGACGUUUUAGUGUCUGGUAUGUUAGUAGCCCAAAGUAGGGCAUGAUCUUUGCCACAUAAAAACUCUUAAUCAUGUGAUCAGUGAUGGGAAUAUUAAUUGUCAUUUCCAUCGUGUACUCCAGUUCAAAAGAAAUAAGAGUACAAUGUGAAUCAGGGAAAUAGUUUCUCAUCAUGAUUAGAGAAUUUCUACUAAAGAAAAACAUAGUUUGUACCUGAAGUGAUUAGAUUAUUACUGUAGCAUGACAAAUUAUAUAAACAGAUGCACAUUGAAAGAGCAAAGUUUACAGGGGACUCAAAGUAGACAAAAGCAAUCAUGAGUGAUACGAUGAUCCAUAUAUAAAGUGACAAAUAAUUUAUAUGGUAAGGACAAAGAUCACUUAGAACGGCGAGAAAUUAUUGAAAGCAAAAUAAUUAAAUACAAUGAUAUUGAAAAAGGGAAAUGAUGAAGUUAGCAAAAACUGUAUGAAAUAUAUAAAAAGCAACAAUAAUCAUGAAAGUAUGAACAGGGUAAAAUUAAAUUUUUCGUUUAGUCCUUUUGGAGAUAGUCUUAAAGGAAUAAAUCCAUCGUGACUCUGCCCUCAGCAGAGUGACGUUGAUGUCCCCUUUUCGAUGAUUAAGUGAAAACUUUUGUAUUGCUUGAAAUUGGAGUACUUCUGGAUUGGUUGCAUGUGUAUGUCUUACAUGUUUGGCCACAGGGGUAUCAGUGUUGAGGUUGUUUACAGAAUUGACUUGUAAAAUGCAAGAGUGCACCUUUGUCACAUUGUCUGUGAAGCUACCAGAAUCUGAAGAUUGUCAAAGAUGUCAAGGCCAUGGUAAGGCCUUACCAUGGGGGGUUGCAGAGUUUCAGUGACAGGCUCCCUGUCCUCCAGCUUACGUAGCCUGGGUCCCGUGUUUAGAUUGAUGGCGGCACCUUCCCCCGGGUCAGCGGAAUAAUCCUCUGAGGAACAAGAACCCUCGUCGAGGGACGCCAUCUUGUCCCAUGCGGCCUUCUGCUUAUUGCGGAACAGCUCCCUGAUGUCCUGGCUUGGUAAGUCUUUGUUGGCUUUGGGUUUCUUGGUUUUUUUUUCAACUCAUGUUGGUUACCUUGUGGAAGGUAAGGGUUGUAACCUGUUUGUUGGCCAGAUAGCACUUUUAAAACAAUCGAAUAUAGUAAGUUGUUGCGGAACUCGGAGAAAGUGUUCUGUAAGCGUGUUUUUAUAUGGAGUAUGUAUGUGUAUUGUUGGUAUCGGAAUGCAGUUGUGUUUUUAUGUAUUGUUGCUGUUGGAAAGCAGUGGUGUACUUGUGUGUUAUUUGCUUUUGAAUGUAGGGUGUGUCUGUAUGUAGUGUUGAUUUUUAAAUGCAGGGGUAUGUUUAUAAUGGUAUUUUAUUACUGCAGUGUGUUUGUAUGUAGUAUUAGAUGUUUGAAUGCAGAGGUGUAUUUGUGGGUAGUGUUGGCAUUUGUUUUCCGAGAUGUAUACACACAUACACAUGUAUACACACAUAUACAUGUGUACACACUCACAUGUAGAUACAAACACUGACAUGCAUGCGGCUACACUGGCAUGCAUGCAGAUGCACACAGUGGCACAAUGAAAAACAUGCAUUCAUACAUGCUAGUUUUCUUUUAUCAACCCUCCUGUCUCCUACCUUUUGGGAACAGGAGGGUGGCUUUUUGCUGGCUGGGGCUGUUGAGUCAGUUUGCCCGUCUCUCUCUCCAGUGUGGCUCUAUGCAUGUUAGCUGGGACGAAGUAACCAUCGGAUGGCCCUAAAUGCACGAGCCACCUGAUGGGGGGAGGAGGGUCCUCCGUGUGUUGGGCCCAGGUGCAGCCGGUGCACUGCUGGUAGUUCCUCCACUCGCUUCAAUGUUGUCAAGUCCUCAACUCAAUGGGUGUUGCUGUAUUGUAAUACUAAUUUUUGGUCCUUACCAUGCUCAAAUUUAAUUUGCCAUGUUGGAGGACACUUGCUCAAGAAGACAAAACACCUUUGGGAUUCCAACAAACCUGCUUUGACAGCCUUUGAAUGGAGUGACAUCACUUAAUUUCUAUACUUUGAAUGUUGGCCAGAGUUGACUGCUUGGAAUGGAAGUUGUAGUUUCAAUAGAUGCUGGAGCGCUACCUACUGUUAUACAUCAUCAACUCUAAUUCCUAUGUUCAUUAUCCAGAACAUUUAGGUCGUCUUGUGAGUGCUUACUUACAAUAUUGCAUUCGUAUAAGCACAGUACAAAUCAUUAUAUAUAAAUGAUAUGACACUUCAAGGAGACAAACAACGUUUUGGCAGAAAAGAUACAUCCAUUCUCCAUUAAAAACUAAAAUUACAAAAAUAGGCAUGAAGGCAAACAAUGUCUCAAACAGGGUAGAAGAAAGUAAUUGAGUGUUUAUUUAAAACAGGUCGAUCUCUACAGUUUUUGCCACAGCAGUACAAAGUUCAUUCACUGAACUAAUGAUAUAAUUUAUAAUAAACAGGUUUACUCACUAAACUGUAUAGUCAAAGUGAAUUUCAUAUUUGAAGCGAGAGUAGUCAAACUGAAAGCUUAGUGAGAGAAUUAUUCUAGUUUGGUUAUUUUGACUUUAGAUGUGAAAUUCACUUUGAAUUCUCAUUUUAGUGAUAGUCAAUUUCUAAAAAUUAAUUCAGAAUCUCAAAAUUGAGGCAAAAAUGGACAAACUGUGACCAUUACAGAGUUGGAGAUUUUUUAACAUACUUUUUUACAUUAGUUUUGCCAUGUGUUAUUUACAAAAUUCUGGAGUUUAGUAAAUAACCCUGUUUGUGUUUAUACAACAGUUAUUCCAUAAAUGCAUUUUAUUUUUAUUUUCUUGACUCUGACACUCAUGAGCAAUCUUUCUAUGGACCCAAAGCCAUUUUAUUUUAGAAUUAAGUUUAUUGUAGGUCAUUUGAGCCUUCAGCUAAACAUGCUGAUUGCAAUAUUUAAGUCCAAAUACCGUAGUGUACAGAAAAGCAAAAUUGUUUAAGGAUAAUUAGCAUUCUCUGAAAAGCAUACUGAUUUGUGUGGAUUGUCAUAUUUCCAAGGGAAGCAUAAGUUGCUUGUAUCAUCAAAGAAAAAAAAAAAAAUCUAUGUUCAAUAACUCUACAUAACAUUUUUAUAGUUUUAUAUUUUUGGUUUGAGGUGUUUGGUUUAUGAUUAUAACAUACAGUUUAUUUUUUAUUUUUAAUAGCUGAGCGGGCUCUGGAUACUAUGAACUUUGAUGUAAUCAAAGGAAAACCCAUUCGCAUCAUGUGGUCCCAGCGUGAUCCAUCCCUCAGAAAAUCUGGAGUGGGCAAUGUUUUCAUCAAGAACCUUGACAAAUCAAUUGAUAACAAAGCACUUUAUGACACUUUCUCUGCAUUUGGGAACAUUCUCUCCUGUAAGGUUAGUUUGUCCUCUCUGAUACAUGUAAGGGAAUUAAUAUACUGUGCCAAAUUCUAAAACUCUCUUUUCCUGCAGGUAGUGUGUGAUGAGAAUGGCUCCAAGGGUUACGCAUUUGUGCACUUUGAGACCCAGGAUGCUGCAGACAGAGCCAUAGAGAAGAUGAACGGAAUGCUACUUAACGACCGCAAAGUGUGAGGGACAUUAUUUUCUGGGGCAGGAAGGGAAAUGUUCUAGAUCAGAAGUUUAGGAUGGUGAUAUGGUUUUUAAAAGUCUAUAUGUAGCAAUACAAAAAAAGUGACAUCCAGUAGGCUAAUAAACAACAUUGCUAGUUGAUAGCACUAUCAGUUCAUUCUGUCACUUCUGUGUGGUGAAGGGGCAGGUCAGUCAGUACUAGAAAAAUGCGGAGAUAAUCCAGACGGCACAUUUUUUUUUCUAGUGUUCUGUCUCUACACCUCUGCUACACCAGCCCUUUGUUUAAGGGGGUUCUUUGUUUUAUAGACUUGCAUAUAUGCACAGCAGCAUAGAGAGAACAGGAUGUUUGGAUGGUGAGAAACUACUGUUGACCAAAAAUGAAGGCUGCUUGAGGAACCUUUGAAUAAUAGCAUCUGUGUUUUCUUCAUUAAGGUUUGUUGGCCGUUUUAAAUGCCGCAGGGAGAGGGAGGCAGAGCUUGGAGCCAAAGCCAAGGAAUUCACAAAUGUUUACAUCAAAAACUUUGGGGAAGACAUGGACGAUGAGCGACUGAAGGAAACAUUCAGCAAAUACGGUAACUGCGUGAGGUCAUUUGCUGGGUCUUCAUGCAAGGUCAUGCCCCACGUGGCCACUUGCUUCUGGCUUCGUGUGUGCCGUGGAUAACCUUGUGAGCUCCGUGGCUCCGCCUAAGCAUGUGGGCUUCUGGUUUCAAGCGUAUGCUGUGGGUAACCUCGUGAGCUCUAUGAAUCCGCUCCCGCAUGUGGGCACCUGGUAUCAUGUGUGCCGUGCACCUGCAUGCUGUGACCCUGUGACCUCUGCGGGUAACUGGUGUCUCUUGGCUGCAGGGAAGACUCUGAGCGUUAAGGUGAUGACUGAUCCCAGUGGCAAGUCCAAGGGGUUUGGCUUUGUCAGCUUUGAAAAGCACGAAGAUGCCAAUAAGGUAAGAGCUCCCCUGGAGAACCAGGCAGACACUCGACGUCUGCAAGAAAGUACCAGGUGCUGGGGAGCUCUGCUUAACUUGUGUGGUCAGGACAGGGGGAGGCUUUAUUUAACCUAAGCAUCUCUAACAGACUUAUAUUUUUGUCAGGCUGUAGAUGACAUGAAUGGAAAAGACAUGAACGGGAAAAUUAUGUUCGUGGGCAGAGCACAGAAAAAGGUUGAACGUCAGGCUGAACUCAAAAGGAGGUUCGAGCAACUAAAGCAAGAAAGGAUCAGUCGUUAUCAGGUAAUAUGUAUACAAAAUGUGUUAUACGAAUAGACAUUUAAUAGGUUUUAUGGAUUAUACAAUUCCUCCUUGAACCUGCUAUCCUUGUAACUGAUGGAUAAUUGUUUGCUUCUUCUUAGGGGGUGAAUUUGUACAUUAAAAACUUGGAUGACACAAUUGAUGAUGAGAAGCUAAGGAAGGAAUUUUCCCCAUUUGGAUCAAUUACAAGUGCCAAGGUGAGAGGAAGUUUUUAGCUAGACUUGGAAUUUUUACAUUCAAUUGUAGCACUGUCAACUCAUCCUGUCCCUGCUGUGCAGUGCAGGGACUGGUCAAUAGGUGCUAGAGAAAUGCAGAGGAAAUCCAGACGGAGCAUAAUUUAUCUAGUGUUCGGUCUCUACACCUCUUCUACACUUGAUCUUCUGUAUGUACAAACAACUCAUUAUAUAUAUCUUUAAUAGGUUAUGCUAGAGGAUGGGCGCAGCAAAGGUUUUGGAUUUGUUUGCUUUUCUUCUCCAGAAGAGGCUACUAAAGCGGUGACUGAGAUGAAUGGACGUAUAGUAGGUUCUAAGCCUUUAUAUGUAGCACUAGCUCAAAGAAAGGAAGAACGCAAAGCUCAUCUCACCAAUCAGUACAUGCAGCGCAUAGCUGGAAUGAGGGCUCUUCCUGCCAAUACACUUAUCAAUCAAUUCCAGCCUGCACCUGGGGGUUAUUUUGUUCCAGCUGUAGCACAGGUGGGUAAACUGUAUGAGCAUAAGUGCUGAUAUAAAGGAUAAUACAUUACUUGGUAACAAUAAAUGUAUUUCUUCUUUCUAGGCCCAGAGUAGACCUACAUACUAUGCACCCAAUCACAUGGCUCAAAUGCGACCUGGUCCUCGCUGGCAGCAGGCUGGCCGUCCCCAAGGUAUGCUGCUUCAUAACAGACCUUGCCGUACACUACUGUAGCAAAUGUUUGAGCACCCCUGACAAAAGAUGUCUUAUUGAGUUUCUAAAUAAAAAGAAGGUAACACUCCUUCUACAGUGGAGUUUUAGCUUACAAUUACUGCGUCUUUGCUAAAUACAGCUGAAAAAUUUAAACGGUAAAUGUGGCAUUUGCAAGGUGUGGGCACCCUGUUCGUCAGUACUUGGCACUGCCUUUGGCAACAUUUACAAACUUCAAAUACAUCUUGGUCACCUAACAGUCUUUUUAUUCUUUCUUUAGGAAUUCUACAAACAAUAAAACUGUUCCUUACAAUUUAUCUCUUUAUUUUGUGCAUUGGCACCUCAAUCUUGGCUUCCCAUCAAUCUGUCCUUUGCACUUGAUUGUAAGCAUAGAAAAGCAUCCAUAGAAGAGGAAAAAAUGAACAAUGUUUCUAUUUCUUUUCAUUUGCAAUAUGUGCUUUGGCUAUACUUGAACUGGGUUAUAGUUAAAGAAAAGAGAACAUCAUACAAAAAGGUUAACAAGAUUUAUAGGUGCAUUUCAAUGAUUUUUUUUUAUUUUUUUUAAAAUGGUCUAAUUUCCAGAGAAGUGGUUUCCAUUUAACCCCUUAAGAACGCAGGACGUUCUAUGCCGUCCUUAAGGGGUUGGCUCGAAACGCCGCAGGACGGCAUAGAACAUCCUGGCCGUUCUUGCCGCCCACGUGGCUAGCACCAUCAUCCUGCUGCAGAUCGCAGUCGGGGGGGCAUGCCUGGCCCCCCUGUGCCCAGUGACCACUCUCUGCAGCCUCCGAUCGCAGUGACAGGCGGUCACUGCGAUCGGUAUUUAACAUGUCAGCCAAAUUUAAAAUCGGCUGACAUGUAUCCGCUGUAUUCUUCCCGCUGCAGAUCGCGGUCAGGAGACAUGCCUGGCCCCCCCAGGCAGUCCCCCUGCUGUUAGUGACCACGAUCUGCAGAGUCUGAUCGCAGUGACAGGCUGUCACUGCGAUCUGAUUGCAGAGACCGCUUCUCACUGCAAUCUGAUCGCAGCGAAAGCCUGUCACUGCGAUCAGUUACUAUGUGUCAGCUUAAAUAAAUAAAUAUGUGAAAAAAUAAAUAUUAAAAAAUGUGUGUAAUUUAGUUCUAACUGUAUUUUGAGAUAUAUAUCUAUAUAUAGAUAUAUAUAUAUAUAGAGAUAUCAAAAUACACGUAGAACAAAAUAAUAUAUAUCUAUAUACAUAAGUAUAUAUCACUAUAUGUAUACCUAUAUAUAAAUAAAAAUAUAUAUUAAAUAUAUAUUAGUGUGUGUGUGUGUAUAUAUUUUUACAUGUAUAUUUAUGUAAUAAUUUUACAUAAUUAGGUCACUUUAUUAAUUACAAUUUGCGGGACCUGCCUGACAACCCAGGCCGAAAGUAUAGGGAAUUUAAUUUGCUAGCACUGUAUUUAACCCUAUAACUUUCCAAGACACCAUAAAACCUGUACAUGGGGGGUACUGUUUUACUCUGGAGACAUCCCUGAACACAAAUAUUUGUGUUUCAAAACCGUAGAAGGUAUUAUAACGAUGUUGUCCGUGAAAGUGACGUUUUUUGCAUUUUUCACACACAAGCGGCACUUACACUGACGAUAUUAUUGCUGUAAUACUUUUUACUGUUUUGAAACACAAAUAUUUGUGUUCAGCAAAGUCUCCUGAGUAACAGUACAGGUACAGGUUUUAUGGUGUUUUCAAAAGUUAGUCAAAUAUAAGGCUUGCGUUUCAGUUUUUUCACAUUGAAAUUCGCCGGAUUGGUUACGAUGCCUUUGAGACUGUAUGGUAGCCCAGGAAUGUAAAUUACCCCCAUGAUGGGAUACCAUUUGCAAUAGUAGACAACCCAAGGUAUUGCAAAUGGGGUAUGUCCAGUCUUUUUUAGUAGCCACUUAGUCACAAACACUGGCCAAAAUUGACGUUCAAAUUAGUCUUUUGCAUUUUUCACACACAAAUAUUAACGUUAACUUUUGACUAGGCAACGAAACCAAUCAGCCGAAUUUCAACGUGAAAAAACUGAAAAAUGUAACAUGCUAUAUUCAGGGACGUAUUCGACGCGAGGCAAACAAGGCAUUUUCCAGGGGGCGGCAAAAAAAGCCGCCCCCAAAUGCCUCACUCGUGCGCCGCAGAGUGAGGCUGGGAGCCCGAAUGACGUCAUAUGGCGGCUGUGUUUGUGUCUGACCGUGUGUUUGUGUCUGACCGUGUGUUUGUGUCUGACCGUGUGUUUGUGUCUGUCUGACUGUGUGUGUGUGUGUGUGUUUAGAAGGUGGGGUGGGGGGGGCGCCUGAGUUUUGUCCUGCCUAGGGCAGCACAAAAGCAGGAUACACCACUGGCUAUAUUUGGCCCUGUAACUUCCCAAAACUCCAUAAAACCUGUACAUAGGGGGUACUGUUUUACACGUGAGGCAUCGCUGAAUACAAAUGUGUAUUUUAUUGUAGUAAAAGCAAACAGUAUUUUGCCAUUCACUGUUAAAAUGUUACGUAGAACUAAGAAAAUUAAAAAAAAAAAAAAAUCUUAUUUUCUCUUUAUAUUUUAUUCAUAUUUAAUUAUGUUUCAUACCUAAAUAUUUGAUGUUACAUGAAAGCCCGGUUUCCCCUGAAUAAAAUGAUAUAUAAUAAGUGUGGGUGCACAUAAUAUGAAAGAGGUGAAUUACGGUUGGACAGACAUAAAGCGCAAAUUCCAGGUUUUGUUUUGAUCACAACGUGUACAUUUGGCUCAGUCCUUAAGGGGUUAAAAGAUUACUUUAAAUCUGUUUCCUUAGGGUUCCAACCAAUGCCAAAUACACUACGGCAGAGUGGUCCUCGCCAGUCAAUGCGCCACUUACCACCUUCCAGUACUCAGGGCACUCGUGGCAUCCCAAGCAUAACCCAGAGAGUUGGUAAGUUAAAAAUGCAUCUUAUGCUGAACUCUGUAGAGUUUGCAUCAAUUUAUCAUGCAUAGAAUUUUUUUUUCUUGGCUAAACAGCCUUUCUCCCAUUUUGCCAGAUAUUUAUGCAUUGAUUUGGUGUGUGUAUGUAUGUAUAUAUAAUUUUUUAUAAAAAAGCACCUCAGCACUCACCCCAUCCCUACCCUGCGCACAACAGAAUAUCACUCUAUUUAUGGAAUAUUCCUUUUGUAGGGGUGUCUUCUGCUACUCAAACAGUAGGCCCUCGACCGCCUGUGUCUGCUCCUCCUCCACGAGCUGUGCCUCCAUACAAAUACACACGCUGCCCCCUUCCAGGAGUGCAGUCACUACAGGUACAUAAUCCAAAUGUAUGUUUUACUGAUUGUGUAUAAUGAAAUGGCUGUGAUGCCUUACAUAAACGUUUAUUUCCUGCUUUAAAGGGAAGCUCUAGGCAUGAGAACCACUUUAUUGGGUUCUGGAGCACAAAACCUGUACCUGCAGGCUGAGCAGUGUACACACUGCAUUUUCUGAGAAGUGCCUAAAGGUACCUCUAGCUGCUGUCACUCAGCCAGUAGAGGCACGUCCUGGUUGUGGUCCUGCAAGAAUUGCAGUGCUGACAUUCAGAAUCUCCACUCUCUGCAUGAAGAUGCAGAGAACACUCCCCAUAGGGUUGCAUUGAGUCAAUGAAUCUGUAAGAAGAGAUGCUGAUUCCUAACACUAGAGUGUUUCUUUAAUAUACAGGAUUAUUUAAGUUAGGAACAAGAUUUAUGUGUAUCAUUGCUCUACCAAUAUUUAAUAUAUCUUUAUGGAAGACAACAGUAACAUUUAAAAUGUGCUCACAAGCCUUUAUGAAUUAGCUGUUAUUAAAUGUGUUUAACACCUUGACGACCGAUGACGGUUCAGGACAGUCAUCGGAAACAUCCCCUUGAGGACCGAUGAUGGUCCUGAACAGUCAUAACGGUCUGGGGGUUCUUACCUGAUCGCCAGCGUUCCUCCCGGUCCAGGGGGACUGCCUGUCUGCCCAGUCAGUCUCCCCGCGUCAGAUCAGGACCCCGCGGCCACGUGUUCGCUCGAUCACAUGACCGCAAUAGGUGCCUGUGUAUCUGCCUGCAGGGGGACUGUCUGUGCUGACAGGCAGUCUCCCUGCAAGUGGAAAAUCAGAAAUAAAGUAAAAUAAAAUCAAACACUGUGUAAAAUAAAUAUAUAUAUAUAUAUAUAUAUAUAUAUAUAUAUAUAUAUAUAUAUAUAUAUAUAUAUAUAUAUAUAUAUAUAUAUAUAUAUAUAUAUAAUAUAAAAUUUUCAUACUAAGUGUAGUUUUAUAUAUACAUAUAUUAAUAUAAAAAUACAUAAUUAAAUUACACACGUGUAUCUAUAAUAUAUACAUAUAUUAAUAUAAAAAUACAUAAUUAAAUUACACACGUGUAUCUAUAAUAUAUAACUAUUGUAUAUAGAUUAUAAAAUAUAACUAAAAGAAAAUGUAAAAAUAAUUUUUAAUAAUUUUAAAAAAUUUUAUUCUAACGUUAUUUUGAUAUUAGUAUAUAUUUAUAUCAAAAUACACUUAUAGAUCAUUUGAUUCUAUGUAUAAAUAAAAAUAUGAAAUAUACAUGUCCAUAUACAUAAUUACAUAAAUAAUCUCUUAAAUAUACACGUAGACUUCAAAUAUAUAAAUAUGUAAAUAUAUUUAAAUUCGACGUGCAUAUUUUUACAUAAUUAAGUAAUUUUAUUGAUUGCAAUUUGAGGGACCUGCCUGACAAUCCAGGCCGAAAGUCCAGAGAAUUUAAUUUGCUAGCACUGUGUUUAAAUUUGUAACUUUCUAUGACACUCUAAAACCUGUCAAUGGGGGGUGAACUGUUUUACUUGGGAGACUACGCUGAACAAAAAUAUUAGUGUUUCAAAACAUAUCCCAGCGAAGAUAUUGUCAGUAAAAGUGAUGCUUUUUGCAUUUUUCACAUACAAACGGCACUUUCACUGAUGAUGAAAUUGCUGUGAUCCUUUUUAUUGUUCUGAAACACUAAUAUUUAUGUUCAGAGAAGUCUCCUGAGUAUAACAGUACCCCACAUGUAGAGGUUUUAUAGUGUUUGUGAAAGUUACAGGGUCAAAUAUAAGGCUUGAUUUUACUUUUUAUUUUUUCAUUGAAAUUUGUCAGAUUGGUUAGGUUGUCUUUGAGACCGUAUAGUAGCCCAGGAGUGAGAAUUACCCCCAUGAUGGCAUUCCAUUUGCAAAAGAAGACAACCCAAGGUAUUGCAAAUGGGGUAUGUUCAGCCUUUUUAAGUAGCCACUUAGUCACAAACACUGGCCAAAGUUAGCGUUUCUUGCAUUUUUAACACGCAAACAAAUAUAAAUGCUAAUUUUGGCUAGUGUUGUGGCUACUAAAAAAGACUGGACAUACCCCAUAUUGAAUACCCUGGGUUGUCUACUUUAAAAAAAAAAAAAAAAAUGUACAUGUGGGAUGUGAUUCAGAGAUUUAUGACAGAUAAGUGUUACAAUGUCACUAUUGAUACAUUUAAAAAAUAUAUGUAUUGAAACCACAAUUUCCUUCUUGUACUUAUAGCCAUAUAACUUGCAAAAAAAGUAAUCUAUUUAGCCGUUUUUUUUCAUUAGCUUUUGUAGAUAAGUAAAAACAUUUUCAAGUAAAAGUCCAAAAACUUGUUUGUUUUUUUUCUUUUUCUUUUUUUUAAGUAAAAUAUAUGACAUGAUACAAAUAAUGGUAUGUAAAGAAAGCCCGUCUUGUCCUGAAAAAAACAAUAUAUAACUUGUAUGGGAACAGUAAAUGAGAGAGCGGAAAAUUACAGCUAAACACAAACACCACAAAAGUUUUGAAACCGCUCUGGUACUUAACUUACAACAUCGCAAAAACAGGCUGGUCCUUAAGGGGUUAAUAAUCUUGGCUGCCCAUGCACCGGUUUAUAUUCUACACAUGUGGAGUUUAUCUAUACCAUCGAUUUAAUGAACACUGUAACAACUGUAUCAGUUUGUAGUGUUUUUGUGCAAACAGUCUUUGGGUACAGUUCCUAUGUUUUGUUCUUGUUUUGUCAAACUGUUAAGUGGUUUGAAAAAAAAGUUCUUUAGCUUUCCCAGUACACAAAGCGGUUUGGCUGUGAAGGCUGGGAGAUAUGUAGCCCAGCUCUUGCAUCUGAUUGUUGCCAUCCUGGUCAGAUUUCUGUGCAAAAUGUGGGAGUUUUACAAAAACAUUUGGCUUGUAGCAGCAGAGGAUCUGGCUUCUGGUUUCUAGGAGAGUCAGUGUGCUGCUAAAAGUCACAGUGCACCUGUGGACUCUACAACAUUAUAAAAACAAACCCCCAAAAAAACCUUAAGUGUCCAUUUAAGGUGUGCAAUGAGUGUGAAUUUGCUGUGUGGCCUAAGCUUCCAACAUUCAGCUUCUGGCCAAAUAUGUCCGGCAGCACGUUGAGAGAACCCAUCAGGUGGCCCAUGCACAUAGUUCCACCUAAUGGCACGGUGUCUUCAACAGCCUGUUCAGUGCUGCAGCCCUUUAAUAGUGCCAGUCACUUCCUCCCAGCUAAGAGAACUUGACAGGCCAGGAGAAGGAGAGGAGGGGGCAGAGUGGAAGAGCUGCUAGCUCUCAGCCUGCCACUGGACUCCAUGGAAGCCACCUUCCUGCACCCAAAAGGUAGAAAACAGGAGGGUGGUGAAACAGUUUUCAUUUUGCAUGAUUAUGUGUAUCUGUAGGAAUGUCAUUCUGUGUGUCUGUAUCUGAAUGUAUAUCUGUUUAUCCACAUGUCUCAGUGCCCCUGUAUAUCUGUAUGUGUAUCAUUCUAUGUAUCUGAAGUGUCAUUCUGUCUGUGUAUCUGCAUGUGUUCUAGUGUGUAUCUUCAUGUGUCUCUGUUGGUAUCUGUAUGUGUGCUACUGUGUGGAUAUGCAUAUGUCAGUGUGAAGUGUCUUUAUCUUUGUGUUGGUGUGUGUAUGUAUGUGUAUCCAUGUAUCUGCAUGGGUCAGUGUAUGCAGCUGUGUAUCUAAUACCUGUGUGUUUCUGUAGGUCAGUGUGUGUAUUUUCUCUGUGAAAAAUGAGUGCGGCCCACGCACACAUUUCUGAAGUGAGCCACUGCAAAAAACAAAACAAUUGAACACCCCUGCCGUGUCCUAAAUAUGCACAAAAUAGAGGAUAUUUGUUCAUGAAACUUAGUAAAUGAAUGUCUUGACUUUAUUUCUUUGUAUUUCAUCACACAGUCCGUUUACUGAAGAUCUUAUAAAUUGUAACUUGUGUGCUUAUUUUUAGAUACAGUUUUACACUGAAUGUUGGAAAGGCAUGAUUGAAACUUGGUAAUGAAAUUCUGUGUACAGUGAUACUACAUUCCAGAUGUGAUCCUUUAUUUUUCUCACAGACCCCACAGCCAGCAGUCCAUGUGCAAGGACAGGAACCUCUCACGGCCUCCAUGUUGGCUGCUGCUCCACCACAGGAACAGAAGCAGAUGUUGGGUGAGUCCCAUGUGGUUUUUGUUGAAGGAAGUGGUGUGUCUGAUGAGAGGCAGGGAAAAAGUGAGACCUCAGAUCCCACCUCCUGUCUUUCUCUCUGCUUCAGGAGAACGUCUGUUCCCUCUUAUCCAAGCCAUGCACCCUUCUCUGGCAGGAAAGAUUACUGGAAUGCUGCUGGAAAUAGAUAACUCAGAGCUGCUACAUAUGCUGGAAUCUCCAGAGUCUCUGCGUUCCAAGGUAAAGACCUGGCCUAAAGAUCAGUGGUGCUAAUCUUUAGUUUACAACUGGAAAAGUACUUAUUGGCUAUUUCAUAAGUGGUCAAAGUCUAAUUCCAUUAAAAUGCUUACAUCCCAAUAUAACAAUUUAAUUUGCUGCAACACUUGAAUGCAUUCUUGAUUUUUAAUUUUAAAAGGGAGAGUUUAAUGGUAUAGAUACAGCAGCAAUUAUUUAUUUCAGGUCGAGGAAGCUGUAGCUGUUCUUCAAGCUCACCAAGCCAAAAAAGAGGCUGUGCAGAAGGUGGGGAUCGUUGCUGCUACCUCCUGAACCAGGGUGACCUGUAAGUACAAAUAUAUCUGCACUUACAGUGGUACAUAUUUCCUGGAAAUGCAUUUGGAUGGUUGUUGUAAUACAGGUUGUUUCCAUCACUCAUCCACCUACAUGGGAAACUAGAGUAAACAAUAUAUUUUAUUAUACAGUGUCAAAAUAACCUUUUCCCUUGUCUAAUGAACUGGGCACUGUAGCAUAUGUAUAUAUGUUUGUCUGUUUUCCCUCUUUAAUUUACAUGUUUAUGAAAGUUAAAGGGACACUAUAGUCACCAGAACAACUACAGCUUAUUGAAUUUGUUCUGGUGAGUAGAAUCAUUACCUUCAGGCUUUUUGCUGUAAACACUGUCUUUUCAGAGAAAAUGCAGUGUUUACAUGACAGCCUAGUGAUAACUUCACUGGCCACUCCUCAGAUGGCUGCUAGAGAUCCUUCCUGGGUCAUGGCUGCCUAAAAUGAAUCCAACCAGCUUCAAGCUUGAAUACAGUAAGAUUUUGCUAGAUUUAUGAGGGGCCCAGGGGGGCUAGAUGGUGGAUUUAACACUAUAUAGGGUCAGGAAUACAUGUUUGUGUUCCUGACCCUAUAGUGAUCCUUUAAUGUCUAUAUGCACUCUAACAUUUCAUGAAUUGGACUCUUAUUAUCCCAUAUAAUGUUAUGUUCAUGAACCAUUGUGGCUUUAUGAAAAAAUGGAUAGUAAUGUUUCUACUGUAUAUCAGUUACGAGCGAUUUAUAGAUUAAACAAUGAUAUGCACUGAAUUAACAUGCAAUGUGAAUAUAUUUUUAAUUCAUAGCUAUGUAUUGGCAGACUACUAUCAAGCAUUUUGUAAACAUGCCAGAACUUGCUGUUAACAGAUUUGAGUAAAUGCAGCCCUGAUUAUUGUAACUAUUUUUCUAAUGCAGACUUGCUGCUUGACUAAUGUUUAUAUUCGUGUAAAAUCAUUUUUGUUUGUUCAUAUUUUUAUCUUCAGAAACAAGCGUAACGCUUUUAGUAUGGGGAUAUAUACAUAUUAUUCUAUUCUCUGCCAAGCAACUUUCAUGCUUUAGUGUGUAAUAUGUAGCCAGCUCUGGUCAGUGACAGCCAUUCCUUGCAGUGAUAGAUCCUUGUUUUCAAUUAGUGCAAAGAUAAAUAGGUCUAAAACUGUACCAAAAGGUCCAACAGGCUGGUCUUGAAACUAAGUGGUUAGCAGAGGUGAAGCUUAAUGCUACACAUGUGAUCAAGGAUUUUUUUUUUUUCCUUUCGGAACUGUAACGUUUCGGCCUACACAGAUAAAGGCUUCUGUGUAGGCCGAAACGUGUUUAUUUUUUAUUUUUUUAAAUUCUUUAUUUUUGCUGUGCCAGAAAUAACAAAACAUGCUUAUGAUGCCACGACAGCAAUAACAGGCAAGGUAGUAUCAUACAAUAUAAGACAGUUGCACGGCGAUCAGAGUAAGUUAGCACAAAUUUUUGUGAUUAGUAAAACAAUUAAGUCUAACGUGCCUAAGCAAAUUACUGUAUAUAGAUAGUCGGCAGAUAGUGUAUCUAAGACACAGAUAUUCUCAAGGUUGAAGAUAGACAUUCAUAUAUCAACAUGAAUUUUAAACAGGGAAAUUUUCCAGGGAGGCCCUUGGCUAGUUGCAUGUGGUAUAAAGUGUGGCAGGGGUGGUACCAGAGAUAGAAAAAGAUGCUGGAGUGUAGUGUCACAGGAGUUUAAGGGUGUAUAUGAGUCGUCACAGAAGGGCAACAGCUCAUCUUUAUGCAGCUCUGGCACCUGUUUCAGCCUACGGCUUUAAGAGGAAUGGUGGUCCUUCGAGUCUGUGUGUGCCCACUGGUUGUUCCUUGUAAACAGAUUGGGGUUAUUCUCGGCACCGCUGGUCGUUGAUAGGUCUCCGUGAUGGGCCGCGGGGCAACCCUCUUGGUAGCUUUCCUGCGCCGGAUCAAUGAGCUCUUUGUGGUUCGCUGCCAUGUUGGGGGCCUAUGUUCUGCUGGAGCCCCAGGCUGCUGCUUGGUAUAUAUUUACUGUGGUGUAGAGCAGCUACCCGGCUGUUUUAAGGGGGGGGUGCUGCAUCCUGCUCUCCACUCUCUGCCAGAAAUCUUCAAAGAUUUUGUCCAGUCUGGACAGGACAUCUUGCCUUUCCCAGUGUUGCUGGGGAUCCUCGUGGCAGCCGCCAUCUUAGGUAAGCAGUCGGGUUGUGUGUGAGCCGGCAUGGCUUCACCCCAUGGUUCUGUGCUAACAGGGCAGCCUCCCAGGGGUGGACCGGGAUCACCCCCACCGGCCCAGAUGUGGGGAAACAUAGCAUCUGUUUUUCAGUAAGUGCCGUCGUGUUGCCCCAGACCGGGAGAUCGGCCGCUUCUCCCCCCCGGUGCAACCUAGGCCGCAUGUUCCGAGACGUGCCACAGAUGGGAUCACGUCGAAUCUUUGGGCCCUGCAGUGUUUCUCAGCUGGAUCAAGUAGUAGGUGAGGCCCUGGAUUCGAUCCAAAUCAAGCUGGGUUAGGCAAAAGUUUGCUUAUUAGUCGGUAUAGGAGAGGAGCUCCCUCUAUAUGUCUCUCCUCCAUGCCUGUCAGGCCCCGCCCCCUGUGAUCAAGGAUUUUAAGUUGUCUUGGUAUACAUUUACUGUUUGUUUUCCUCAAGAAUGUACCAGAUUCCUGAUGGGUCUCUUACCAUCUCUCUAAAUCUUUGCAACCUAUGUUAUAACUGGUUCACAGACAAUAGGUGUUUUAGAUAAGCUACUUAAAGGGACACUAUAGUCACCAGAGCUACAGCUUAAUGUAGUUUCAGAGAAAAGGCAGUGUUUACAUUACAGCCUAGGGACACUUCCAAUGGCUACUGGAUGUGCUUCCUGCGGCAGUACUGCUCAUUGUGCAGCACUGGCAUUCUGUGUCUCCACCCUCUGCAUGAAGACCCAGAACUUUACUCAUAGGUGUAUUGAUUCAAUGUAUCUCUUUGAGGAGAUGCUGAUUGGCUGGGGUGGCGUUUGGCUCUGCCCCCCGCCUGCCUGCCUCCUUAGUUGAGGUCAUCAGAAUUGACAAUCUCAAUCAAUCCAAUGAUUUCCUAUGGGAAAGCAUUGUGAUUGGCUGAGAUUAAGAUAAUCACUUCUGAUGUCAGCCAAGGAGGCAGAUCAUGGGCAGAGCCAGCACCACCAGACUGGAAUAAAGGUAAGCGUUUUUACUAUAUAUUUUUUUUUAAUUUUUUUUUUUUUAAACACUAUAGGGUGUUCAUUUUCUAGCAGGUUGGCUCUUUUUAAUAUCCUAGCUUAUAAACAGAUUCAAACACACAGACCGUGGUUUUUACUCAUUUUGAAAACAAUUUAGGGGUUGUAUUGUAUACACUGACUUUUUGUAUAUGUAAAACAUUUGUAUCACUAACAAAAAUAUACACACACACAUAUUGGGGGGGGGAGGUGGGGGAUUAUUUACACUUGGCUAAUCUAAACUGUGAUUUAACCCAAACUAUGAUUGUAACUCAUCUAAUUAUAGGAAGGAAACAAGCCAAAUAAUCCCAGAAGGUGUGAGGUUUUGGGAAGUAGCUGAUAAAUCUGGUCUCCUCCACAUGCUGCUCUCCUCGGUCAGAGAUACUGUAAUGUCUGUAACACAUAUGAGGUCUAUGCACUGUCGCUUUAUGCUCUUGGGAUGAGAAACUGCAUCUAUGGUGAGCAUCACCAGGAUCCUUUCAAAAGGAUAACCUGACAUUUUACAGAUUGCAAAGGAUUUUUAUUUUUUGUGUUUUUAGUUUUAAGAAAACUGUAAGAAUGUGACAUCAAGGAAACAUUUCUCAGUGAAAUAAAAGAUUGAAGACUGUCUU